AUGGAUUCCGAUGAGGAUUUUGGCAUGUCCAGCGAGGAGGAUGUCCUAGAAGACAGUGAGAAUGACAAUGAGUCUGCAGACGGAACAGACUUCGGCAUUGACGAACCGGAACCAGAUCUAGGAUAUACACAAAAGGAGCAAGUCAAGAAAGAAAAGAAGACCUUCGAUACCACCUUCAAGGUUUAUCACCCUGAUGACAUCCAGGCUCAACAAGAUGACCUCAUCGACGAGGUCAACAUGAUACUCGACAUCCGAAAGGAAGAUGCGGCGAUAUUGUUGCGACACUUCAGAUGGAACAAAGAGAGGUUGAUCGAGGAUUAUAUGGACCGACCAAGAAAGGUUCUCGAGGAUGCCGGUCUGGGACCAAGCACGACUGGCCCACCUAAGCUGGAGGUCAUCCGCGGUUUCAUGUGCGAUAUCUGCUGUGAGGACGAGCCUGGGCUACAGUCAUUCGCAAUGAAAUGUGGCCACCGAUACUGUGCGGACUGCUACAGACAAUAUCUAAACCAGAAGAUCAAAGAGGAAGGAGAGGCCGCCCGCAUCCAGUGCCCUCAGGAUGGAUGCAAACGCAUCUUGGACGCCAAAUCCCUCGACUUGCUCGUCACCUCUGAAUUACAGAACAGAUACCACGAACUACUGACGAGAACAUAUGUUGAGGAUAAAGAACAGUUGAAGUGGUGCCCAGCCCCCGAUUGUCAGAAUGCUAUUGAGUGCGGAAUUAAGAAGAAGGAUCUCGAUAGAGUGGUGCCAACCGUGGCUUGUGAUUGCAAACACCGCUUUUGUUUCGGCUGUGGCCUGGCAGACCACCAACCUGCGCCUUGUGAUCUGGUUAAGAAGUGGCUGAAGAAGUGUGCUGAUGAUUCGGAGACGGCCAACUGGAUCUCGGCCAAUACGAAGGAAUGUCCAAAGUGCAACUCUACGAUCGAGAAGAACGGAGGAUGCAACCAUAUGACAUGCAGAAAGUGCAAGCACGAGUUCUGCUGGAUGUGCAUGGGAUUGUGGUCUGAGCACGGCACGAGUUGGUACAAUUGCAACAGGUUCGAGGAGAAGAGUGGUUCAGAAGCCCGUGACGCUCAAGCCAAGUCUAGAGUCUCUCUCGAGAGAUAUCUGCACUACUACAACCGAUAUGCCAAUCACGAGCAGUCUGCAAAGCUUGAUAAAGAUAUCUUUACGAAGACUGAAAAGAAGAUGAUCUCGUUGCAGACCGCGUCUGGCAUGUCCUGGAUUGAGGUUCAGUACUUGAAUUCGGCUUCUCAUGCUCUGCAAACCUGCCGACAGACCUUGAAGUGGACUUAUGCUUUUGCAUUCUACCUCAAACGCGUCAAUCUCACCGAGAUGUUCGAAGACAACCAGAAGGAUCUUGAGAUGGCUGUGGAGGCUCUGUCUGAAAUGUUUGAAAAGCCUGUAGAUGAGCUCGCAAAUCCCAAGCUGAAGGUCGAAAUCAUGGACAAGACAUCAUACUGCAACAAGCGACGAGUCAUCCUCCUGGCAGAUACAGCUGACAAUCUUGCUAAUGGUGCGUGGGAAUGGUCCAACGGUCACUGA